ACAAAAUAAUUGUCCCUCCCCAUAAAGUGCGCACAAAUUAUGUUUCCCGCGGCGAUGCAAACACCAUAUGGCGCCUGCAUCACGUUUCACGGCCAAUCUCUGUAAUUUAGUAAUUACUGUAAUAUUCGCACUCUGCACUAGGUCGUGCCCCUGGUGCGCGUACUGAUGCGGAAGCGCACCAAGGCAUCAUACACGGCUGUUCUGGAGAAGUUGAAAGAACUCGCGCCUGGCUUCAAACCGCGGGAAGUAUUUGCUGACUUCGAAGCUGGCGAGCAGGCUGCUCUUGCGUUGGCAUUCCCUAAUGCAAAAGUCCACGGCUGCCUGUUUCAUUAUGUCAAGGCUGUCGGAGGAAAAGCUCGAAAGCUGGGAAUGGUAAGAGCAAUCAGGCGAUUCUCCAUCGUUCGCCGUUUGGUGCGGUCCUUCUGCGUCCUUCCACUUCUCCCUCAGAAUUUCAUCAUGAAGGGGUUCCGCUCCAUAUUGAGGCUUGCCUUGAAGAAGAAUGUGCCUGGGGUGAUAACUGACCUUGCAUCCUACUGGUUGCACACUUGGCGUCCAAAGCUACACAUUCUAUCUGUGUCCGGUUGUGAAGAUCGAACCACAAAUUGCUGCGAGUGUGACAACAGGAUGCUUCAAGACGCUGUUCGGGAAAAGCGUCCAAAUGUCUGGAAUUUUAUUGAUGGAGUUCGAGAGAUGGAAGACUGCACCCAGCAGGAUCUGCAUGUCCUGAGGAAGAAGAAGAAAGCCGUCAGGCGAAGGUCGGUAUCUGCUGUGGCAAAUGAUGAGACCAUAAAAGUUCUCACUCAAGAAUUAAAGGACAAACACAUUUCCGUUGCAUCUUUUCUGAAAGAUGCAUCCUACACAAUUGUUAAGGCACUCAACAGAGGCCUUAACGGCAAGAAGAAAAUUAGGAGGAACAUCUAGGAAUAUCUUCUGCACCCUCUCUCACAUUAUGCUUCCGUAAAGGAAGUAUACAAUAGUGAGGCAAUAUGGUUGCAUUUUUUUAUAGUUCGUAUUGAGAAUUUCUUACUCUUGUGUUUCGUAUACAUUUUGAAUAAAACUCUGACUAGUAAAUCAGCUGUUAUUUCCCCUAGUUUGCAAUUUCCUUGAAACUUUAGGGCUAGUUUUUGGCAAUGGGGCAAAGUUCCUCAGGAAACUUGCACUGACGACUGUAGUUUCCCUGGGAACUAAACCGAGGUCGGGGGAAGUGAGUGAGCGCUCACGUAAGAGAUGUGCGGUGCCUUAUAGUAAGCGAAACUGCCAAUAUUUUUGAAGAAUUACAAUCUCCGUGCUGUCCGCUCUUCCAGAAUGUAUAGUUGUGUCAAUUUUCAGGUCAUUUGGCUUGCUAUAAGUUAGGCACGCCGGAGCGCUCACGUAUGAGACGAGCGUCGGAGUGCGAAAGGAGAGGGGCUCUGUACUAAGCAAAAUGACCUGAAAAUUGACAAAACUAUUCAUUUUUGGAAAGAGGAGAGUACAAAGAUUGUAAUUCUUCAAAAAUAUUGGCAAAUUUGGCUUAGUACCCC